AUGGAAGGUAAAGGUAAGGAGUUAGCGAUUGGACCGUCUUUGAGCAAUGAAUCAAGUGUGGUAGAUAGUCACAGCUAUUACCUAGCUCGUCGAACCACCAUGGAGAUGCUUCGGGACAGAGGAUACGAAGUCUCCGAAGAAGAUAUUAACCUCUCUUUACCAGAAUUCCGAGCGAUCUACGGCGAACGUCUCGACGUAGAUCGACUACGUAUCUCUGCUCAACAUCGCUCUGAUUCUUCGAAAAAGAUUGUGGUUGUGUUUUGUGGAAGUGGUAUGGUUAAAGUCAAUGCGAUGCGCGUUAUUGCAGCGGAUGUACUUAGCCGAGAAAGUAUAACCGGAUUGAUAUUGGUUAUGGAAAGUCAUUUAACAAAUCAAGCUCUAAAAGCCGUUGAACUUUUCUCGUUCAAGGUCGAGUUAUUCCAGAUAACCGAUUUACUGGUUAACAUAACCAAACAUGUCUUGAGGCCAAAACAUCGGGUUUUGAAUGAUAAAGAGAAGAAAUCACUUCUCAAGAAAUUCAGUAUCGAGGAGAAACAACUGCCCCGAUUAUCGAAGAACGACCCGACUGUGCGAUACUACGGAUUAGAGAAAGGACAAGUCGUGAAGGUCACGUACAAGGGCGAGCUCACCGAGUCGCAUGUUACAUACCGAUGCGUUUGCUAA